UGACUUGAAGUUUUUUAUGUACCUACCUACUAUUUGGCGAAGUUGCAAAUAAAGAACAAUUUCAUAUCAUUGUUUAUAUUAAUAUUUACUAUUAGGACAUGGAAGACGAAUUAGAAGAUAGAGUUUUACAUCAAACUUAUAUUUCUUUUAUGAAGGUUUUGUCUCGAUUUACAAGCAGUAUUGCGUUUGACACUCCCGCGGGCUAUUUAUGGAAAAUGGUGCGACUUUAUUUACUACGAUCCGAAGUGCUAGUUGUCACUUUAGGGAUCAUUAUAUUUUUCAUGUAUCUUCAAACUAUAGGGCUAUGGAGUCGUACUUUACUAAGCAGGCUAUCACAGGCGUUGAGCCCAAUCAACGCAGUGCAACGUAUGAAACUUAUGGAAGGCUCUGAAACUGAUAAACAAAGCUGGGAACUUAAAGGUGAAUCAAGUGCAGCAUACGCAAUUAAAGGCAGAAGAAUGCAUAUGGAAGAUAAAUUUAUAAUAAGUGAGAAUAUCAACAGUACAGGUGUAUCCUUGUUUGCAAUAUUUGACGGUCAUGGUGGUGAAUUCGCCGCUAACUACGCAAAAGAUCACCUUAUCCAAAAUCUUUACAAUAAAGUUGUUGAACUUAAUGCAUUUAAAGAUGGCAAACUAGUUACUACUCCUUUAAAAGAAAGUCAAGAUGAAGUUAAGAGUGAAGAAAAUCAUGUGAUUGAGAAAAAGAGUAGUUUCCGGAAGUCUGCCAGUACUGCUGAUGAUACAUCUAAAAAAGAGAUAACCGACCCACAAUUAUUAGCCCAGUUGUCUAAAGCACGCCCCAUAAUAACUAGAGAGGUGAGGCCUGUGAAACCAGUUAAAAAUAUUGCCAUCCCAUUAUCAAGUUAUAUAGACAAGGGAAAGAUAAAUUAUGGCAAAUUGUUAACAGAUGAAGUACUGGCAGCUGACAGGCUCCUUGUGGAAGCUGCAAAGCGCUCUAUGAAUGUUGCUGGAACUACAGCUUUGAUAGCUGUCUUGGAAGAUAAUAAUCUCAUUGUUGCUAAUGUAGGAGACUCUAGAGGUGUGAUGUGUGAUAGUCGUGGUAAUGCUAUUCCACUAUCGUUUGAUCAUAAGCCACAACAGGUGCGAGAACAGAAACGUAUCGAAGCAGCUGGUGGAUAUAUUGCUUUUAAUGGUGUAUGGAGAGUUGCUGGCAUCUUGGCAACAUCACGUGCCAUGGGUGACUAUCCCCUCAAAGAUAAAAACUUUGUUAUAGCUGACCCGGACAUUCUCACAUUUAACCUUGAGGAUCAUCGGCCCAUGUUCUUAGUACUCGCUUCUGAUGGUUUAUGGGACACAUUUACAAAUGAAGAGGCAAUCAAAUUUAUCAAAGAAAGACUAGAUGAACCUGACUAUGGAGCCAAAAGUUUAACGCUUCAAGCCUAUUACCGAGGAUCAGUUGACAAUAUUACAGUUUUGAUCAUAAAUUUUCUGAACAGCAAAUUCUCUACAUCAUCAAUAAUGAAAAAUGAUUUUGAGUAAAAAUUGCAAAAAAAAAGUAGUCCAAUGGAAUUUUACUAUCUGUUUCAUGAAAUUUUGGUUAACUGACUAUACAAUCUGGUAUUAUUUAAGAAUGUACAUAAAUAAAAUAGGCUAAAUCAUGAGAUGUUUAGAGCUUAAGCCUAAAUACUUCUUGAAAACUAAAUUAAGGUAUUGCUUUCACAGUACAAAUAAAUACAAUAUUACAGAAAAAUGGGUCAUUUCAAAGGGUACUUAUAUGUGCAAUAUAUUUUAGAUGAAAAUUAAUAGUUUUGUAUAAGGUCAGCAAUUAUUUUUAAAUUUAUAAAAUCUUCACUAUGUGUGGUUGUGAUUAUUUUUGUAUAUGAAAAUAUUUAUUUUGAAAAAUUAAUAAAUCAUAGUACUUAAAAAAAAAAUACUUAUUACUCUAAUUGUGAUUAAAAUAACAUAAAAACCAUUAUGUCUUUUACAAAAGGUGCAAUGUUUGCAGAAAGCAAGCAGGGUAAAAUAUAUAUAUGUUAUUAGGUUAUAUUAUAUUGUUAUUUUCCAUCCAUUGAGACAUUAGCAAAAUAUACUGUGUAUUAUCACAUAGGUGGGAGAUACAAAUAAAGAUUCAACUUUUAUAAACCUGACACAUUAAAUCCCUAUUUUCAGGUGAACCUUCAUAGAAAAUUUAUAAUGACAAAAAAAAAUUGAAAAAUUAAUGAUAAGAGACUUCAAACAAUGUUUUAUUUACAUUUACUUGGACAUGCAAAUGAUUUUGCAAACAGUUGUGAUUUGUGAAAUGUUACCUUCAUAGUAUACCCCUGUGUGUGACUAAUCUGUUAUAAAUUUUUAACAAUAGCUUGAUGAGAAACCAGUUAACAUUGCUUCGUAACAUUUAUUUCUGCAUUUUAUACCUAAAGCUUUAUUAGUCAUAAAUUUGGGAGAACUUAUUUGUCUGAUGCUAGUCUUAAAAUCUCCAAUGUAUGCGUGCAUAAUUGUGAAAUUAUAAAUCCUUAUUUUUAAUAUAUAGAAAUAAGUACCGAAAAUAUAUUUGUAUGAAUUUAUUUUUGUAUUCCUAUCUGAGGUUACCCAUAGUUGAGAACAUGUGUAGAUUUGAUGUUGUUUAUAUAGGAUAAUCCAAAAUAUAUUUAUUCAAUGUGUCUAUUGGAUGUUUUCUGUUGUAAUGCAAUGUAAUUAUUUCAUAGGGUCCAAUUUGUCUUGCCUCUAUUUUCAUUAUAUGUAGAGCUUUUUAGUUGAAACUAAAUUGUGACAAUGGUGGUUAGGGUGCCACUUAUUAUUAAAAUUUUAUUUUUAUUACCGAUAUUAGAAUGAUUUAAAUCUAAUUUGAUAUAUUUAACCAUGGUUUGUUAGAGCUUUUUUAGUACUAGACUACCCGUUAAAUUAAGUUAUGUUGUUGUGGAUUUGUGUUUCAAUUACGAAUAACAUUUUCAUUCUAACCUUUAGGGUAAAACCGAAAAUAGUUUUAAAAACACACCUGCAACUGGUUGUCAAUAUGUAACAUUGUAAGGAUUAAAUUCAUGUGUUAAAAAAAAAUUAUUGUGUAAAAUGAAUUCUAUUGAUAUAUGUAUUUGAUUUAAUAAAAUUUAUAUAUGUGAUGGUGAAAUAAAAUGUUUAAAUAAAAAUAAA